UAAGCAGUUAUAAUGCCUUGGGCUAAUGAAAACACUCUUGUCUGGGACUGCAACUGUUCUAGUUGCAUUUGUAAACAACUGAUAAGUGAAUGUCAAUUUUGAAAUUUUUUUAUCAGCUUUUUACUACUGUGUGAGGUGCUUGAUUUGAAAGCUGAGAAAUUUAGUAUAUGAUUCUUGAAGUUACUGUAGGUCUUAGGCGUUCAGAUAGAACAUGAAAUUUAGCAAAUUACAGAGGAGAGUAAGAUCUUAAAUCUGUAUAAAUAUUAAGCCCUUAUUUUCACUGUUCCUGAUCUAAUGACCUUUAUCAACAGUGAAAGAGUUACUUCUAUCUGUAUUUCCCAUGGUGGCACUUAGAACCUAUCUGCUAGAAACCUGUAUCUCUUAAGCACUCUCCAUUUCCUUUUAUUAAAUGAUACUUCUGUUGAGGGAAUUAUCCCUAUGGGAUUAAUUCCUUCGUUUUAAUAUCUUAAUGGAGUAGGGUGAAGAUCUAACCCCUUAACAUUGAGUGCUAACUGCAAUAUUCUUUCAAGUGCUUUGCUGACUGGUAACAGCAGCAUGCACCAGGUUAUUCUGCUUUCUUACUUGCAAAAAUUACUUAUUGCCUGUUUUCUGAAAUCUGCCUUCUAAGAAAUUAUAUGUGAUAUAUUGGUAAGCAAACAUCUGCACUGUGCUGCUAGAGCAUGAGAACUUUGGUUUUGCUGUGUAAAAUAAGCCUCACUUCUACAGUAACUCCUCCUUACUAAAGAGGAAAGUAUAGUAAUCUACCACUUCCAGAAUUUUUUUAAUUAGUGGACAACAUAAGAGGUAACAGAGUGUGGAAUUUUAAAAUGUCUUUCAGUAUUUCUUUUAGAGAUUGGAGGAAGGUGUCUCCCUUAACUAAACUUGUCAGAAAAUAACUUCUGUCACGGUUUUCAGGCCAUAGUUGUUGGGUUUCGUUCAGUAAUCAUUAGACUAGAACAUUCUGGUAGAUGUGAUUACUGAGAAACAGGUACUUUAAAUGAAAACUUGACAAGUCAGAAAAUUUUAUAGUGUGGAUUGUCAUAGACUUAAGUAAUGGAGAGUUUGGGGGGGGGAACACUAAAACAUAAGCAAAAAAACCCCCACAUCUGUGUGGUUUUGAGUUGUUUUUAAUCGAAUAUUGUGUGUGUGAAGGAAUCCUUACUUCUACCAAAAGUUAGUCUGGGUAUUUUAAAUUAGCUAGUUUCAGGUAUUGCAAAAGCAUAGAUGUGCAAGUGUGGAACUGACCCAAAUCCUCUGCAUAACCAAGACACUUCAGUGCAUGCUCGCAUUUAGUUCUGUGGUUGGUUUUAGGUUUUUGUUAGGUUUUUUGUGUGGUGCGGUUUUUUUGGUGGUGUUUUUGGUUGGUUUUUUUUUUUUUUCUUUUUUGGUUUGGUUUUGUGUGGAUGCGUUGUUUGGGUUGGUUUUUUUUUUGUUGUUGUUGUGGUGGUGGUGGGUAUUGUGGUUUUUUCUGUUCUUGUUUUUUUCCUUUUUAACGAUUGAGUUCAACUUUGAUCUCUGUGACCGGAACAAAGGGUAAGGCAGUCCUGAAAGAAGUGAUUUGCUAGUACAGCAUCUCUGUGCUGAGACACUGGACAGUGCUUUUGCUAUAGCAAGGAAAAUCUGAAUUCCUCCAACGCUCAAGAUGGGGAAAGAUUAUUAUUCUAUCCUGGGAAUUGAAAAAGGGGCUUCUGAAGAGGAUAUCAAAAAGGCUUACAGAAAACAAGCGCUUAAAUGGCAUCCAGAUAAGAACAAGUCUCCUCAUGCAGAGGAAAAAUUCAAAGAGGUUGCAGAAGCUUAUGAAGUGCUGAGUGAUCCCAAAAAGAGAGACAUUUAUGAUCAGUUUGGGGAGGAAGGUCUGAAAGGAGGAGCUGGAGGAUCUGAUGGACAAGGUGGUACCUUCCGGUACUCCUUCCAUGGUGACCCACAUGCUACAUUUGCAGCUUUCUUUGGUGGCACAAAUCCUUUUGAGAUCUUCUUUGGAAGGAGGAUGCCUGGUGGCAGAGACACUGAAGACAUGGAGGUGGAUGGUGAUCCAUUUGGAUCCUUCACUAGUUUUAGUAUGAAUGGUUUUCCAAGGGAAAGAAAUACAGUUGGUAGUCAAUUACGUCGUAAACAAGAUCCCCCUGUAAUCCAUGAACUAAAAGUGUCAUUGGAAGAGAUUUAUCAUGGCUGCACAAAAAGGAUGAGGAUUUCACGUAAAAGGCUUAACCCAGAUGGUAGAAGUGUCCGAACAGAGGACAAAAUUCUUACUAUUGAGAUAAAAAGAGGAUGGAAAGAAGGCACCAAAAUCACUUUUCCAAAAGAAGGCGAUGAAACACCUAACACAAUUCCGGCUGAUAUUGUUUUUAUCAUUAAAGAUAAACCGCACUCUCACUUCAAAAGAGAUGGAUCAAAUAUUAUCUAUCCUGUUAAGAUCAGCUUAAGGGAGGCUUUAUGUGGCAGCUCUAUCAAUGUGCCAACGAUAGAAGGAAGAACCAUACCUAUGACAGUAAAUGAAGUUGUAAAGCCUGGGAUGAGAAGAAGAAUUAUAGGAUAUGGUUUGCCAUUUCCCAAAAAUCCUGACCAACGUGGAGACUUAAUUAUAGAGUUUGAAGUCAUCUUCCCUGAUAACAUUUCUCCAGCAUCAAAAGAAGUACUUAGGCGAAAUCUUCCAGUUUCAUAAAAUGAAGACUGUGUAUGUCAGCAGCUUAAAUAGGACACUGGAAAUGCUGAGGACUGGCAAGUCUGUGCUUUAAAAGUGCAAUCUGUAACAACUAGUGGAAUAUUUGUUUUUUUGUUUUGUGGGAUGGGUGGGGGGGAAGUACUGUAAUGCUGCAUGAGAAGAAAAGGGUUAAGUACAAGUCAUACAGGUGACUUCUGCAGUAGAAUUUACAGGGAAAACCACUCGUUAAUUUUACAUCUUCCUAAUCAGAAAAGUUUAUUCAUUAUUUUGCCUCAUGUAAAAUGUAGUUGGUUUUUACAAAGACAGCACAUAUUUCUGAUACAAUACUUGAGCUUAUAUCCCUACCUUAUCUAGAACAUUACCCAUUUAUACAGAAAUUGGAGAUAGUACUAGAAAUAAAUAUUUUAAAGAGCAAAACACGAAAAAUAUCAUUUUUGUAUGUUGCCUUCCACUGCACAAAGCAUAGGCUGGGAAAAUCAGCUUGGACUCCUGAACCACCCCUAGUGGAAUUAAAGCAUUUUCCUUAUUGCCCCAGAAUGUGUGGGGUAUUACGAGUCUAGCAAAGGGCAUGUGGCUUAAGGAGCAGGACUAGCCAUUAGCUAUGGGAUAGUUCCUCAGCCUUCAGGCAGAACAGCAAGAAGAGAUUCUACAAGUACAUAAACAGCAAAUGGUGGGCCUGCUGUCAAAUGGGGUAGGGAAGAUGAGGUACUCAGUGCCUUCUUUGCAUUAGUCUCUACCAGUAAAACAAGCCUUUGUGGAAGCCAGGCCCGAGACCAUUGCAAGGCCACUCUUAAUUAUCUUUGAAUGGUCAUGGAGAUAGGGAGAUCUUCCAGUAGACUGGGGAGGAAAAAAAAAAAAAUCACUCCUAUCUUCAGGAAAAACAAGAAGGAAGAUUUGGUGAGCUACAGGCUAGUCAGCUUCACCUUAAUCAUUGGGAAGGCAAUGGAGAAGAUCCUGGAAAGCAUUUCCAAAGACAUGAAGGACAAGAAGGUGAUCAGGAGUAGUCAGCAUAGAUUUACAAAGAGGAAAUCGUGUUUGACCAACCUUGUUGCCUUCUACACAGACAACUAGCUUUGUGGAUGAUAUGAGAACAAUCCAUGUUGUUUACCUUUGACAUCAGUAGGCAGACUGAUAAAGUACAGGUUUAUCAGUGCAAGUGCAAAGUGAGGUGAUUAAGAACUGGCCGAAUGAGUGGGCAUAGGGGAGUUGUAAUUAGUGGCACAAAGUCCAUUUGCAGGCAAGUCAGUAGUGGUGUACCCUGUGACUUAAUACUGGGGCCAAUACUAUUCAACACCUUUAUUAAUGACCUGGAUUAUGGGAUGGAGUGUGUCCCUCAGCAAGUUUGCAAACCAUAUAAAAUUGGAAGGAGUGGCUGGUAACACCAGAUGAUGUACUGCCUUUCAAAGGGACCUCAUUGGGCUGGAGAACCAGACAGAGGAUUCUCACAAAGUUCAACAAGGGGAUAUGCAAAGUCUUGCUCCCUGAGGAGCAACCCAAGGCACUAGUACAACCUGGGAGCUGACUGGUUGGAAAGCAGCGUUGCUAAGAAAGACCUUGUGGUCCUGGUGGACAGCAAACUGACUGUGAGCCAGCAAUGCACCCUUGUGGUAAUAAAGGCCAAAGCUUUGCUAGCAGGCUGAGGGAGAUGAUCCUUCCUUUACUCUCAGCACUGAUGAGGAUGCAUCUGGAGUGCUGUGUCCAGUUCUGGGCUCCCCAGUACAAAAAAGAUAGAAACUUACUGGAGCAAGUCUAGCACAAGGCUGUGUAUGAGAGGCUGGGAAAGCUGGAGCUCUUCAGCUUGGGAAGGAAAAGACUGAGGGGAGAUCUUACCACUGCGUAUAAAUACGUAGUGGAAGGCAAUGGAGAUAGAGGAGCUAGGCUCUUCUCAGUAGCUCUCAGUGGCAGGACUAAGGCGCAGUGGACACGAGUUAAAACACAGUGAUUCCAUCUGAACACAAAGAAACAGCUUUUUACUGUGAGUGGUCAAAUAUUAGAACAAGUUGCCCAGAAAGCUUGAGUCACCAUCCCUGGAGAUACUCAAAACCUGACUGGACAUGAUCCUGGGCAGCCUGCUGUAGCUGACCAUGCUUGAGCAGGGGUCUUAGACUACAUGAUCCCAAGAGGUUCCUUCCAACCUAAAUGAUUCUAUGAACUUGGACUUAGCACUUUGCAAUAGACAGUGCUAUAGGCCACAUUCUGCAAACCAGGCUUAGCCCAAAGAUGGGUGGAAAGAUGCACAAAGAACGCUGUAAAAGCAUUUGGCUAGUGCAGGUAUUUAAAGGUCAUGCUGAUCGCAAGUAUUUAUUGUUUUCAAAGGCUGAACUUUACUCCCGUGAAGAAGAAGGAAAAGCCCAGGUCCUAGCUAAAGGAAAGUUUGCUUAAGACACAAAGUGGGGUGGGGGUUGCCCAUGAACUUUAAUAUGCUUGAAUUGAGUCUUUUUUGAAUACAAAUAGGAGUUACUUGUCUUUAAAGAUGCAUAGGGAAGUGGAGAGCCUGCCAUAAUAGUCUAGUUUUAUAAUACAGUAAUAGGGCUGGUUCCCUUGAUUGUGGUAUGAUUUUGGUGAAAGAAAUGCCUUGCGGGUGUGCUUUAUUACCUGAGUUUAAAAUCAUAAUACAGUAUUUUAACAAGGUUUGGGGUUUUUUUGGUGGUGGGUUUUGGUUUGGGUUUUUUUUUCUUUUUUUUUUUUCUUCUUCAUAGGAAAAUAUGUAAGAUUUGCUUUAAGCCUUUUCCCUGUGGAAAUUUAGUAGUUACCUGCUCCAUUAGGUAGCUUAAGAAAUAGCAGUGUUAUCUUCAUAUAUGUGAUUUUCUGCAGGAAAGUAAAUCAUAUGGAAGUUGGGAUUU